UUUAGUUUCAGUCUAAAAAUAACAAUCGGGUUUCUAAUAUAAAACAAGCUCGGUGAUUCACCAGAAUAGUUGUCCUCUUCUCAAACAUAUCUCAGUUUAUUGUUUGAAGCUAAGCUAUUAUAAAGAGAUAUCCAAAAGAAGAGAAGACCACCAAAUAAAAACAAAAAACAAAAAACAAAAAUGACAUCCAAAGCCUUUUUCUUCUCUUUCUUUGUCGUCUCCUUCGUGUGUUUGUCCUCUCUGGCCGGAUUUUCCGCCGCCGAUGCUGAUGAUUUAGACCGUUUCCAGAUUCAAGGAUCAGUUUAUUGUGACACUUGCCGUGUCCAAUUCGUUACCCGUCUCAGCAAAUUCCUUGAAGGAGCGAAAGUGAAGUUGGAAUGCAGGAGCAGAACAAACGGAACCCUAGCAUUGACCAAAGAAGCCGUUACCGACAAAACGGGAAGCUACAAGAUGGAAGUAACCGGCGACCACGAAGAAGAAGUUUGCGAGCUCGUGUUGGUGCAAUCCCCAGACAGUGGUUGCAGUGACGUCAGCAAAGAUGCAUACUUACGUAACGCCGCUAAGAUCAGUCUAACAGCGAAUGACGGUAUCGUCUCUCACGAGACACGUAUCGUUAACCCUCUCGGUUUCAUGGUUAAGACACCGUCAGCUGACUGUCCCGCUGCUUUCAAGGAGCUCGGUAUUGUCCCUGACGUUACUUUCUAAACGAAGAUAGAAAAUAUUUAUAUAUGAAAUGGGAGAUUUGAUUUUCUAUUUGCUUCAUUUUGAAGGGGUUUCCGUCAAGUUUACCAAUUAUUAUCAUUAUGAGUUUUAACAUCAACAGUAAAAACAUUCAAAAUUAUUAUUUUUA